CGUCGCUUUGGGUAACAUUGUAGCAGCGGACGCGCGCGCAGCGAUGAACGCGCAUCUGUGGGCUCAGCUUCAGGCGGGCAGCUCGGAGGUGGACUGGUGUGAAGGGAAUUAUCUCAUCUAUCCCGGAAUCGCGGAAUUCUAUAACACCAUAAGCAACGUGCUGUUCUUCGUGCUGCCUCCGAUCCUCAUGUGUCUGUUCCGUCAGUACGCCACGCACUUCAACAGUGGCAUCUAUCUGAUCUGGACUCUGCUGGUGGUGGUUGGGAUCGGCUCCACUUAUUUCCAUGCGACGCUGAGCUUCCUGGGGCAGAUGCUGGAUGAGCUGGCCAUACUGUGGGUGCUCAUGUGUGCCAUCGGCAUGUGGUUUCCCAAGAGAUACCUGCCCAAGAUAUUCCGCAGAGACAGAUCGAGGUUUCAAAUGGUCAUCGGGGUCCUCUCAGGGAUCACCACCUGUCUUGCCUUCAUCAAGCCAGCGAUAAACUCCAUCUCUCUCAUGGCGCUGGGAAUCCCAUGCACCGCUCUUCUCAUCACAGAGCUAAAGAGAUGUGAUAACCUGCGUGUGUUUAAGCUGGGUCUGCUCUCGGGUCUGUGGUGGACUCUGGCGCUCAUGUGCUGGAUCAGUGAUCGCAUUUUCUGUGAGAUGUGGUCUUCUGUCAACUUCCCGUAUCUACACUGUGCCUGGCAUAUCCUCAUCUGCCUGGCGUCUUAUCUGGGAUGUGUGUGUUUUGCGUAUUUCGACGCAGCGUCAGAGGCUCCGGAGCAGGGGCCCGUCCUCAGAUUCUGGCCCAGCGAGAAAUGGGCUUUCAUCGGGGUGCCAUACGUCACUCUUCUGUGUGUGCACAGGAAGCCCUCUAUUAAGGUGACUUAAACUGUGCUUCCUGAGGUAUCCGACUACUCUUCAGUGCACUUUGUAAUGGACUUUCACACGAAGGAGAUUCCUGGUUUUUAGGUGGAUUUGUUUUUGGGGAAGGAUGAAGGUCAAUCAAGGUAUUCAUGCGAGUAUUUAGUAUCUUAACUGCACAAAAUCAGCUCUCGGUUUACUUCGGGGGGAAACAGUGUGUGAUCAGGAUUUGAUGUUGUCACUUUACGUGCUGUUACGCUGCAGGUCAAAAGUUUGGAAUAUUUAUGAUUUUUUAAUGUUUUUGAAAGUAGUCUCUUCUGCUCACCAAGGCUGCAUUUAUUUUUGAUCAGAAAUAUUGUGAUAUAUUAUUACAAUUUAAAAUAAUAAUUUUCUAUGUGAAUGUAUUUUAAAAUGUAAUUUAUUCCUGAAACGCAAAACUGAAUUUUCAGCAUCAUGAAUGCAGUCUUCAGUGUUUGUUUACACUUUUUGGAACCG